AUGAAGGCACAGUGCGUUUCCCUCUGCCUCCUGGGUGUGAUGCUCUUUCUGUACUCAGCACACGCCCGAGGUCUCAGAAGAUGUCUGAUUUCCAUGGAUAUGCACCAUAUAGAGGAGAGUUUCCAAGGAAUCAAAAAUACCAUUCAAGCUAAGGACACCUUCCAAAAUGUCACCAUCCUGUCCCCAUCGGAGACCCUGCACAGCAUUAAGCCCUUAGAUGUGUGCUGUGUGACCAAGAACCUCCUGGCAUUUUACGUGGACAAGGUAUUCAAGGACCAUCAGGAACUGAACCCCCAAAUCUUGAGAAAAAUCAGCAGCAUUGCCAACUCUUUCCUCUACAUGCAGAAGACUCUACAACAAUGUCAGGAGCAGAGGCUGUGUCACUGCAGGCAGGAAGCAACCAAUGCAACCAGAAUCGUCCACGACAACUACGCUCAGCUGGAGGUCCGAUCUGCUGCCAUCAAGUCCCUGGGCGAGCUUGACGUCUUUCUAGCCUGGAUUGACAAGAAUCAUGAGGGAACUUCCGCUGCCUCCAGACAGGAAACCUAA